GCGCUCUCCCGCGCCGCGGCGCUCGGUGAUGAGGCGGCGGUGGCGAGGUCGCUGGAAGCGGGCGCGCUUCCUGACAUGCCCGACGGCUCCGGCUACGCGCCGCUCGCCCGCGCGGUGCACGGCGGCCACUUUAACGCCGCGCGCGCACUCCUCAAAGCCGGCGCGUGGGUGCACCUCACGUCGGGCGACGGCGCGAGCCCGCUCGAGAUUGCGGCGAGGGCGGGCGACACGCGGCUGGUGCAGCUCCUCCUCAACGCGAGCGCCAAGGCAAGGCCCGGCCUCGCUUCUGAGACGGGCUCGCGCGUGCUCCACUACGAGGCCUCGACCGGCCACGCGCGCCAGUCGUGGUGCCCGCGCGCCGGCGCCGACCGCUACAUUGACGACGGCUGGACGGCGCUCUCCCGCGCCGCGGCGCUCGGUGAUGAGGCGGCGGUGGCGAGGUCGCUGGAAGCGGGCGCGCUUCCUGACAUGCCCGACGGCUCCGGCUACGCGCCGCUCGCCCGCGCGGUGCACGGCGGCCACUUUAACGCCGCGCGCGCACUCCUCAAAGCCGGCGCGUGGGUGCACCUCACGUCGGGCGACGGCGCGAGCCCGCUCGAGAUUGCGGCGAGGGCGGGCGACACGCGGCUGGUGCAGCUCCUCCUCAACGCGAGCGCCAAGGCAAGGCCC